AUGCCUUAAAUGUUGUACUUUUUAGGUCACCCUGCCUGAAGCUGAGGAGGAACAUCAGAAGGAUGUGGAGACCAUUGCUCAGCUGAAGGUGGAGAAGUCUGACCUGAAAGACCAGGUGAAGACACUGCAAGGAAGAGUGAGGUACACAGAGAACCUGCUCCAUUUUGUUGAGGUGGAGAAGUCUGGCCUGAUCACCCAGGUGGAGUCACUGCAAAGAAGAGUGAAGACCGUGGUAAAAGAUGUCUGUAACACUGACUGGGAGUUAGGCACAUGCGUACAUGAAGUUCAGGUGAAGAACAAUGAGAUGAAGAAGCAUCUGAUACACGCAGAGGAGAUACUGAAGGUCUCCAUGGCUGAAGCUGAGGAGAAACAUCAGACGGCUCUGGAGACCAUUGCUCAGCAGGAGGUGGAGAAGUCUGGCCUGACCACUCAGAUGGAGUCACUGCAAAGAACAGUGCAGACCAUAGUGGAACUUGUCUGUGACACUGACUGGGCGUUUGGCACAUGCAUACAUGAGGUUCAGGUGAAGAAUGAUGAGAUGAAGAAGCUUCUGAUAGACGCAGAGGAGUUACUGAAGGUCUCCCUGUCUGAAGCUGAGGAGAAACAUCAGAAGGCUGUGGAGACCAUUGCUCAGCUUGCGAUGGAGAAGUCUGGCCUGACCACUCAAGUGGAGUCACUGCAAGGAAGAGUGAGGUACACAGAGAACCUACUCGAUUUUGUGCAGAAGGAGAAGUCUGACCUGACCACCAAACUGAUGACACUGCGAAGAAGAGUGAAGGCUGUGGUGAAACAUGUCUUUGACACUGACUGGGAGUUAGGCACAUGUGUACAUGAGGUUCAGGUGAAGAACAAUGAGAUGAUGAAGCAUCUGAUAGACGCAGAGGAGAUACUGAAGGUCUCCAUGGCUGAAGCUGAGGAGAAACAUCAGAUGGUUCUGGAGACCAUUGCUCAGCUGGAGGUGGAGAAGUCUGGCCUGACCACUCAGAUGGAGUCACUGCAAAGAACAGUGCAAACCAUAGUGGAACUUGUCUGUGACACUGACUGGGCGUUUGGCACAUGCAUACAUGAGGUUCAGGUGAAGAACGAUGAGAUGAAGAAACAUCUGAUAGAUGCAGAGGAGAUACUGAAGAUAAUCGGUCCUUCUAGAGGCCCUUUUGAUAGAGAAUCACUUUCUAGUCUUCCUGUCGAAGUCCCGUCUUCUCCAGCUCAGUGCUCGGUUCUGGCACUCUCCUACAGCUGGCAUGCAUCCAUGUGGCUCUCUGGCUGA